UCAGGCCAUGGCCAAAGUGGAGGUAUUUUCACCACCAACUGUUGAACCCGAGGUGACCGAGCUACCCUUUGGGGUGGAAAGCAAGGUGACCGAGCCACCCGAGGUGACCGAGCCAGCCGUCGAGGAGGAACCCAAGGUGACCGAGCUACCCGAGGUGACCGAGCCAUCCGUCGAGGAGGAACCCAAGGUGACCGAGCCCGCCGUCGAGGAGGAACCCAAGGUGACCGAGCCCUCCGUCGAGGAGGAACCCGAGGUGACCGAGCCAUCCGUCGAGGAGGAACCCGAGGUGACCGAGCCAUCCGUCGAGGAGGAACCCAAGGUGACUGAGCCAGCCGAGGUGACCGAGCCAUCCGUCGAGGAGGAACCCAAGGUGACCGAGCCAGCCGUCGAGGAGGAACCCAAGGUGACCGAGCCAGCCGUCGAGGAGGAACCCAAGGUGACCGAGCCAUCCGUCGAGGAGGAACCCAAGGUGACCGAGCCAUCCGUCGAGGAGGAACCCGAGGUGACUGAGCCAUCCGUCGAGGAGGAACCCGAGGUGACCGAGCCAGCCGUCGAGGAGGAACCCGAGGUGAUCGAGCCAUCCGUCGAGGAGGAACCCGAGGUGACCGAGCCAUCCGUCGAGGAGGAACCCGAGGUGACCGAGCCAUCCGUCGAGGAGGAACCCGAGGUGACCGAGCCAGCCGUCGAGGAGGAACCCGAGGUGACCGAGCCAUCCGUCGAGGAGGAACCCGAGGUGACCGAGCCAUCCGUACGAGAUGUUCGAGAAGAUAACCAGUUGCUGUAUUAUAUAGUUCAUUCAUUCCUCAGCAAUUGAGGGUCCGUUAGUGGACGUUGAAACUUUAUAUAAUAAAGUUUCACAAUUCUCAAAUCAGAGAUGGAAGAGUGACGAAUGAUAACCCUAGAAGAA